AUGCGACGUUCUUUUCGAAGUGUCCUCUUUACUUUCUCCAAGCCAUAUGACCAGGCGCUUCUUUGGACGGCUAUCCUUUCUUACGUGGGGUACAAAGUGUCAUGGAACCUCCUUCGACUUUAUCUUAUCAGUGAGACCACGGUGCUCGGUGACAUAUGGCGGUUAGGCAAAGCCCCACCUGCCCAGAAAAUUACAGAACCGUUGUUGUUGCUGGAGGCAGCGCAUGCUGCUGAGGAAGGCCAUUGUUUCGGUUUGUCCGGAUACGUUCCCUCAAGGAUUUUGACCGAUUAUUUUGAGAAAACCGUUCUGAUUGACCCUGAUACCAGUGUCAAGCCUAUUGGAAGAAACUACUUUGGCGAUCCCAAAUUGAAGAGGCGGGAUCAGAUUAGCGGCUCCAUUGAAGGUCUUUUGUCGAGGGUACCAACGUUGAAGCUUCAUCCGACAAAGCGACAAUUUGUUCGCGUCCCGCCUCAGAAGCUCCGACGACGAAUCCAAGUACAAUACCAUGCACACUUUUUGUGGAUUGCUCUGGCAGAUCCACAAUCGGUGCCAAGUUAUUGCCGGAAGCCUGCGAGAAAUGGGGGCGUUAUGACCUACUGCUGCACCUCCUUCCCCCUUUCUCACGAAACGCAAGAGAAGGUCUCGAGGGCACUUCCCCAAGAUGAUCGCUCUUUGGGAGGUGGGAUACCUGCGCUGUCAUCGGCGCAGUUUCGCCAACACCCGAAACUGGCCGAGACCUUUUCGCUUAUCGGCGAAUCGUCUGGAUGGAAUAUCGACACAUGUCCAGGGACUUUAGCUCAGUAUAUCAAAACAGUGAGGGAAUUGUAUAACAAGAUCAUUCCUGAAGAGCGCCACGACCAGGACGAAUGGCUUUUCGAGCUACUACGACUGCUGGAGAAGGUGCAGACAACCUUGACGAGGCCAUUAAAUGGGAUAUCUACGCCAUAG